AUGACUCGAGCGCAGAAUGAUUUGAACGCAACCUUCCCUCUCACCGCCCACGAGGUCUGCCAAGUGCUGACGUACGUCGCGCUGGGCACACGCAUCGUGAUGCGCAGCACCACCCAAUCGUGGAAUAAGAUCUAUCACGGCCUCAUGCCCGUGGAGAUUGAUGGCUGGCAGUUCACACUCUUCAACGACUGUGACACCCUGGACUAUUGCGACUACUGCAGGUCGCCUGAUGGUAGAGAGUCGGGACACUCGAACGCUGGCAGCGUGCCGGAGCCGAUCCUGUCGAGCUAU